AUGAUAUGGUCUGCUGCUAAACUUCCGCAUGAUGCAUAUCAACUUCUUGCAGUGCCUCCUCCUAUAAGUGGCAUUCUUGUGAUCUGUGCCAAUUCGAUCCAUUAUCAUAGUCAGUCCACAUCUUGUUCACUUGCCUUGAACAGUUUCUCGUCGCAGCCUGACGGAAGCCCAGAAAUUCUUAAGACAAGUUUUCACAUUGAGCUUGAUGUAGCUAAAGCAACAUGGUUAUCCCAUGACAUUGUGAUGUUUUCAUCAAAGAAUGGAGAAAUACUAUUACUAACAGUGGUUUAUGAUGGGCGAGCUGUGCAAAGAUUAGAUCUUAUGAAAUCCAAAGCAUCUGUUCUUAGUUCGGGUGCUACAACUCUUGGAAGUUCGUUCUUCUUUCUUGGCAGUCGUCUGGCAGAUAGCCUUCUUGUGCAAUUUUCCUGUGGCAUGCCAACAUCAGCUCUGUCUGAUCUAACAGAUGAGUCUGCUGAUAUUGAAGGUGAUCUGCCUUUCUCAAAGCGCCUGAAGAGGAUUCCCUCUGAUGUUCUACAAGAUGUUACCAGUGUUGAGGAACUUUCUUUUCAUAACAAGACAGUGCCAAAUAUUGUAGAUUCAGCACAUAAGAUCUCAUUUGUUGUGAGAGAUGCUCUGAUCAAUGUUGGUCCUCUGAAAGAUUUUGCAUAUGGUUCAAGAACUAAUGCUGAUCCCAAUGCAGCAGGCAUUGCGAAGCAAAGCAAUUAUGAGCUGGUGUGUUGUUCUGGGCAUGGAAAAAAUGGAACACUCUCGGCCCUUCAACAAUCUAUCCGUCCAGAUUUAAUUACCGAGGUGAAAUUACCAAGUUGCACAGGUAUUUGGACAGUUUACUACAAGAGUUCUCGUGGAAAUACAGCUGACAAUAAUGAAUAUCAUGCUUAUUUGAUAAUAAGCCUAGAAAGCCGCACAAUGGUACUUCAGACAGGUGAUGAUCUAGGAGAAGUCACUGAAACAGUUGACUAUAAUGUUCAAGCAAGCUCAAUUGCUGCUGGUAACUUGUUUGGGAGGCGCCGUGUCAUACAGGUAUAUGCCAAGGGUGCUCGUGUGCUUGAUGGUUCCUUCAUGACACAAGAGCUAAACUUUUCUAUGCAUACUUCAGAAUCGUCAUUGAGUUCUGAGCCUCUUGCAGCUGCAUCUGCUUCAAUUGCAGAUCCAUAUGUUCUUUUGAAAAUGGGUGAUGGAUCCAUUCGACUUCUCAUAGGAGGCCUCCCUGCUGGCUCCUCCCCUUCGGGUACCUUCGGCGGAGUCAACCCUGGUUCACUUGGUGUCUCGCCAGCUGCCACUGUGACUCCUGUCACACCAGUGCUGGCUGAGCCCGUGGACUUGCCAGGUCCUUACCAGCCCCUUCCUGCGCCACGCGCAGCCUCAGCUCCCUCGGCGGAACAUCACAAUGCCCCUGCUGCUGCUGCUGCUCCACCGGCUCCCCCUGUUGUGCCCCCUGUGCGCACCAUCACUCAUGUCUACACCCGGCGUCACCCAACUCGUGUUCCUCCAGUUGCUGCUGAUUCUGGGCUGUCACAAGGUACUCCAGCUACUGCAGAUUCUGGGCUGUCACAAGGUACUCCGGGUGCUGCUAAUUCAGGGCUGACACACGGUCCUUCGUUUGCUGCUGCUACUGUUACAUUGCCCUAG